AUGCCGGAGCCUCCCCGCGCUCUCUUUUUCGACACGUUCGGUACCGUCGUCAAAUGGCGACCAUGCGUGAGCAAGGAUCUCAGAGCCGCAGCCCAGCAGGCCCUCGCCGACUCUGACAGGGACCUCCCAGCUGACGUGAGGGACCGUGCAACAUCCCUCACAGACCAAGACUGGCUCGACCUCGCCGUGGCAUGGCGACGCUCGUAUGGUGUCUUUACGCGGAACUUUGAUCCGUCCGAGAAAUUCAUCUCGGUCGAUCAGCACCACUACGCCGCUCUACAGGAGCUGCUUGAUCAACGGGGGAUCCGACCUCUGUUCAACGACGGCGAGCUAUGGGAUCUGACCUUUGCUUGGCACCGACUCGACCCUUGGGCGGAUAGUGCCCAGGGAGUGGCGUUACUGAACACCAAGUUUAUCACAUCCACCCUCUCCAACGGCAAUGUAUCCCUGCUGGAGGAUUUGAAGAAACAUGGGUCCCUGCCCUUCACCCAUCUCACUAGCUCCGAGCACUUCAGAGCAUACAAACCUUCGCCUCAGGUGUACUACGGAGCCGCCAAACGGUUGGGGCUUGAGCCCUGCCAAUGUGCGCUUGUUUCCGCUCACUUGGAUGAUCUCCAGGCCGCCAAAUCCUGCGGGUUCCAGGCCAUCUAUGUUGCGCGCGAGUUGGAGGAGCAAUGGUCUGCCGAAAAGGUGGCACAGACGAAGGCGGAUGGAUGGGUGAAUAUCUGGGUAGAUCAGGGUGCUGGAGGCUUUAUCGAGGUGGCCAGACAAUUUGGAAUCCAGAGCUCUUGA